AUGUCUUUGGUUCCUUCCAUCACACAGCAGACCAAUGCCGUCGAACCUGUAAAGUCUCACAACCAUGGGCCUAGGCGUAACACUCCCGUCCCGCUACCUUUUAUCGUUGGUUCACAACCUCCCGUCGCACCAAGCCAACAUGUGCCGGUCAACCAGCCGCUUAAAAUUACGACCUCUCAUCCUGCAUUCAAACCUAGCUCGAACGUUUCCAAAAGGCCCCGUGGAUACGAACAUGAUACCAAAGAACUGGUGGCUGCCAGACCCAUGGCCAGUGAUUCGAAUUCGGGACUUAAUCUAUCGCUACAUCAAAUAGACCAAUCGCACUUGACGCCAAGCUAUGGUGCUGACACCAAGCUGCAAACCGAGUCUGGAAACAGGCGGCAUUGUUUGGAAAAUCACACAGCCCAACUGCCGCUGGCAGCGCUGCCCCAGAAUCCAGUCAGAACUGCCCCAGCAGCCGAGGCUGCAUUCACAUUAGGGCAGUUCACUGAGCAUGUCACUCAUGCCGAACCUUCUGUCCUGAUUGGCGAUUCGAAAGAAAAUUCGUCUCCUGGUGUAACGGCAGCAGAGGCUGAUAAGACUGAGACUGGCGAGAGUCAACUCGUCGAAUCAACGGAUCGACCCACCAAACGGCAAAGAUUCUGUACAGGAUCCGAAGAACCGAUGGGUGCUUCGUAUCGUCCUGCGCAGUAUCAGCUGGUGGGGGAUGAAGACCCGACAUUGCCGACACCCAGCAAAGUGUUGCAAUGUUUGCUGCCCGCCGUAGCCGAGAACUACACGUCAGCAGCUAUGGUGUCGGCUCAAAAAUACAUCUUGCCUCCACCAAAUGUUGAAAAUGACGGCAAAAGAUUAGAUUUGCAGCACCAGCUGUGGCUUUUGACACUGAAAGGUCGACUUCUGAACGCGCCGACACGGGGGAACGGCCCACUCCACCGUGUCCUAGACCUGGGCACAGGUACCGGCAUUUGGGCCACCGAGUUUGCGACCAAAAACCCGGCGACCGUCGUGUAUGGAAUGGACAUCUUCGCGCCCUCGCCACCCGAGAUCCCACCAAAUUGCAAAUUUAUUGCUGGAGAUGUCACUACGGACUGGAAAAGGCUGGCAGGCUUGCAUUCAGGCCAGGGCUGCGGCAGCUCAGAACAUUUCGACUUUAUCCACGGCCGCAUGCUCCUGCUUGUAUGCCCAAACCAAGAUCUGAUAAUCCAGAACUGCUUUGACAAUCUCCGGCCCGGUGGCAUUGUUGAGUUUCAGGAAAUGUGCCAGCCAAUCCGUUCAGACCUGCCUCCGGAAUGCCUAGACCAUUCGCUGCUCCCGCGAAAACGGGCAAACAUCCAGGACAAAACGUAG